GCUUUCCUUCCUCCAGCUACGGCUGUUCCCUUCUCGUCCGCACCCGCUUCAAACCCUCGCAAGUAUCCACUCCCACGGCGGCGGCGGCGGCGGAGACGGAGGCGACCACAACAGAGCUCCCACCGGGGACGUCUCAGCUCAUAAAUGGAUAGCGGAAGCGACUCCGACAGCGCCCCCGAGGAGCUCACCGCCGUCCAGGGUGUGGAGAAACAUGAAGAAAUCAGCAAAGUAGAGAAGGACAGCGCUGUCAGAGCAACCCAGGAGGAGAAAGACCGGAGGAAACGCUGGGCCCAACGGAAAACAUCCUCAAAACCGAAUAAAAAGAAGCCUCUGAAAGUAGAAGAUAAAGAUACAGAAGUGGAUGAGGAGACACAUGCUAUGCCUGGGACACUUCCCAAGAGCGUAAUUGAAAUGCUUGCAGCACGUGAGAAGCAAACCUUCUCAUCAGAUUCUGAGGAAGAAAAUGUAAACCAAAAGGUCCAAAAGAAGAAGAAAAGAUUGAAAACUGCAACUACUGGACCUGAAACAAUUCUGCUGAAAGAUGUUCGGUCAACGGAGCACAUUAAAAAGGCCCUCGAAUUCCUGAGUCGCAGGAAAAACCAGGUGCCAAGAUCCAAUGCAGUUUUGAAGAAUCCUAAUGCUAUGCGUCUCUUUAAUAAACCUAAUUUCACGAGUUGAGUGUGGCAGUCCGAGGCAGUUUCUGAAUUCUGUGUUGAGGCUCGUCUGGAAGACUGAUAUGGUUGACAGGUUGAGAUAUCAAUUGUUUUUAUGUGUUUGAUGAGAACGAGUCAUAUAUGCUUGUGAUUUGCAACGCCACAUGGGUGUGAUGAUGUAUAAUGUCCAUCCUCGUUAGAAAUCCUAUGCUCUGUAGGUGUUGCAUGUUUUUUGACCUUUGAGCUAUAGUUAUGUACGGAUAAUGUAUCACCUGUGAGCUGAAUGCGCAUAGUAUUGUUCAACACC